UUGAGAUACACGCUCUUUCUACAGUUAUCUCAACUCAAUCAUACACUUUCUCUUCCGUUAUUUUAUUUUUCGUAUUGUGUAUACACUGUUUUCAGUUCACUCAGAUGAAGUUGGCUUUAUAACACCAUCAUCAUCAUCACUGUUCCAGUUAUCAAGCAAGCAACGCCAUGUCUCCUCCUACACCUUCAUUCCUUCUCUUCUUUUCUUUAUUCGCCAUUGCUCUCUCCUUUGCCGACUCACAAUCCUUCGUCGGUGUUAACUACGGUCAGACCGCCGACAAUCUUCCCCCACCGGAAGCCACUGCUAAGCUUCUCCAAUCCACCACCAUCGGAAAAGUACGUAUCUACGGCGCCGAUCCAGCAAUCAUAAAAUCCCUAGCCAAUUCCGGCAUCGGAAUUGUCAUCGGAGCCGCAAACAACGACAUUCCAAGUCUAGCUUCUGAUCCUAACGCCGCAACUCAAUGGAUAAACACAAACGUGUUGCCUUAUUACCCUGCCAGUAACAUCACUCUCAUCACCGUCGGUAACGAGGUUUUGAAUUCCGGUGAUGAAGGACUUGUUUCACAGCUUAUGCCGGCGAUUCGAAAUGUCCAAACUGCCCUCAGCUCUGUGAAACUCGGCGGAAAGGUGAAGGUAACCACCGUACAUUCCAUGGCGGUUUUGGCUCAGUCGGAUCCACCUUCGUCCGGGUCGUUUAACCCGGCGUUAAGAAAUACGUUGAAUCAGUUAUUGGCGUUUCUGAAGGAUAAUAAAUCGCCGUUUACGGUUAAUCCGUAUCCGUUUUUUGCUUAUCAGAGUGAUCCAAGACCCGAAACACUUACGUUCUGUUUAUUUCAACCUAAUUCGGGUCGGGUUGACUCGGGUAACGGAAAGCUCUAUACCAACAUGUUCGAUGCUCAGGUUGAUGCUGUGCAUUCUGCACUGAGUGCUAUGAGCUACGAGGACAUUGAGAUUGUGGUUGCUGAGACAGGAUGGCCUUCUAGCGGGGACAACAAUGAAGUAGGACCAAGUGUUGAAAACGCCAAGGCCUAUAAUGGCAACCUUAUUACCCAUCUUAGAUCAUUAGUUGGUACCCCUUUGAUACCCGGGAAGUCUGUGGACACUUACAUUUUUGCACUCUAUGAUGAAGACCUUAAACCCGGACCGGGUUCCGAACGCGCCUUCGGCCUCUUCAAAACUGAUCUUUCCAUGUCAUAUGAUAUUGGCUUGGCCAAAUCUAGCCAGCAGAAUCCACCAUCAACUAGCCCAGUUACUCCAGCACCCAUCACUUCUGCUGGAUGGUGUGUUCCUAAGGCAGGAGUCUCUGAUGCUCAGUUGCAAAACAAUAUUGACUAUGCAUGUAGCCAAGGUAUAGAUUGUGGGCCAAUACUACCAGGAGGAGCAUGUUUUGAACCCAACACGGUAGCAUCCCAUGCUGCCUUUGUAAUGAAUCUUUACUACCAAACGUUUGGUAGAAAUCAAUGGAACUGUGAUUUCACUCAAACAGCAAAGCUCACAUCUCAAAAUCCAAGUUACAAUGCUUGCAAUUACGCUGGUGGGAGUACCUGAAAAGCAGAUGCUUCAGCUUGGCUUUAGUAAAUAAGUUUUUCUUAAACAAAGUACUUCAUUAAUUUAAAUUUUAAUCAACGAAUAAGGGUUUAUCCUUGGCCCUCUUUUAUUUAUAACCUUUUAAUUUAGUAUGUUUUUAAUUGUUCAUCGUCAAGGCAUGCCAAUUCUGGCAUGCAUACCCAACCUUAUUCUAACUUUUUUUCUUCUUAAUAUUAUAGUAUAUCUUUUAGGUAUGA